AUGAAUGAGAAUGCGGAAAAAAAGAAGAAUGAGGUAUAUAAUAAACUGAGUCCCAUGGGAUAUAAGGACAAUAUGACGGAAGCCUGGUGUUAUGCAGUAAUGGACAAUAAGGUGGAUCAGUUGUAUAGUCCAAUUUGCAAUUACUUAUAUUAUUGGAUAGGGAGUAAAAUAACUGCCGAUAAUAGAAGUAAAUCAUGGGAAGAAAUCAUGAGGACCAUUUACGAAGAAUUAACCAAUCCCCCUAAAGGGGGGAAGUGUGGAAUCAUAUACCCUGACAUUGAUCAAACUAUUUUUGGCCAUAUGAAAACCUUAUAUGAGUACUACACGGACUAUGGAAAUAUAAGGGGGCACCUAGAUCUUAGUAAGAACUACUGUGAUCAGGAAGUACACAAUUAUUUGGAUAACAUUUAUAAAGCUUACCAAGCCAUGGAAACAGAAUGCACCGAUGAUGGAUGUAGCAAGGACUAUUGUACAGACUUCGGAAAAAUGUUCACGGACACCAAAUAUGAAGAACUAUUAAAGAAGGGAUGUAACACAGACACUAGACCAGAGGAUAAACCAGCCGAGAGGCACCUCCAAGCUGAGGGAAAGAAAUUUCUCGUAGUACGAGGCACCGUACCUGCUAUAUUUGGUACAACCACUACAAUAGGACUUGGACUCAUUUCCCUCCUUCUGUAUAAGUAUAAUCUUUUACCUUCUUGGAUAAGUAACUACUUUCGAGGCAGCAGCAACACCAACAGUAGGAGCAGAAGUAACAGAGGAAGAAGAUCAUUCGCUGGACGUCACCACCUUGAUGAUUCAACAACAAUAGGUGACUCCACAACAAAUUAUUCCACAACAGACUAUUCCACAGCAUCAGAAUUUGAUGUGCAGUCUACAAGUACAGGAAGAACAACGAAUAAUGCAAGACAGCGACAACAACAGCAAAGGCAACGCAGGAAUGUAGGUUAUCAUCCUAGAUGGAAAAAGAUAAAGGAAAAUUUAAUAAAAGAAAGGAAGAAUAUGAAGAAGGGGAAGUUAAAAAAAGAAAAAGGAGGAAAUAGAUGA